AUGAGCGCAAGCGGCCUCUCUUGGGACCAGGCUGUUCUCCAGCCUCCGGUGUGCGAUGCCUGGAAGGAGAUUAUGGAGGGAGCAGCCUACCAGCUGGCCAGCUGCAUCGUCCUCCUGGGUUACAUGGGGGGAAGUGGCAUCUUUGGGUCCCUCUAUAUCUUUGGCCUCCUGGCCCCAGGAUACUUCUGCUAUGCUCUGUGGGGCUGGCUGAGCGCCUGCGGGCUGGACGUCUUCGCCUGGAACAUGCUGCUCGUCCUCGCCUGCUUGCUCCAGCUGGCUCACCUGGCUUACCGGCUCCGCAGAAACACCAUCCCGGCAGAGUUCGACCUCCUCUACAAGACCAUGUACCUGCCCUUGCAGGUGCCUCUGGAAGUCUACAAAGAAAUCGUGAAGUGCUGCGAAGAGCAAGUCCAGUCGCUGGUCAGAGACCAGAAUUACGCGGUGGAGGGCAAGACGCCCAUCGACCGCCUCUCGCUGUUGCUGUCUGGCAGGGUCCGAGUGAGCCAGGACGGCCAAUUCCUUCACUACGUCUUUCCGUACCAGUUCCUGGACUCUCCAGAAUGGGAGUCGCUGCGACCCUCGGAGGAAGGAACUUUCCAGGUCACACUGACAGCUGAGACCGACUGCAGCUUCGUCACCUGGCCGAGGAAGAAGCUGUAUCUCCUCCUGAGGAAGGACCGCUACAUUGCCCGACUCUUCUCCUCCCACCUGGGCUACGACAUCUCGGAGAAGCUCUACUCCCUCAAUGAGAAGCUCUUCGCCAAGUUUGGCCUUCGCUUCGACAUCCGACUCCACCAGUCUUGUCUUGGAAGAUUUUGCUGA